UCAGACUCAGCGAUUUCGUUGGGCAAGUAAAACAGUUUAUUAAGCGCUGAACAACAGAGGGCUGACCAAAAAGCGGGUGUGGGCAUAUUUACAUACAUAUGUAUGUAUGUUUGUCGCAUUGGUGUACCUAUGUACCUAUGUACAUAUGUAUGUACAUAUUUACUUUAGUACAUGUGAACACAAGCGCGCUGCUAAGUGUCGAGGACAGAAAGUGGUACAACCACACUGUGGUGCUUAGAUACGAGUAUCUACGUAGAAUUGCGCCAACUGAUAGCGAAUCGAAAGCGCAAUGCGAUUGUGUGCCUCCGAUUAGCAGUUACCGCUCAACAGUAGGAUACAGAGGAGGCGUCACACGUCAAACGAUCACUGCUCGCUUUUUAAUAAAGAGCCAGGCCUAUCGACGUGGUUACUGCGAAACACCAAAACCAUGCCCGACAACAGCAGCAAAUUUAACCCUGAUGCACAAUUGGAUAUCCCCAAGUGGAUAAACGUGAAGUACUUUGAGAAAAUACUCCACAAAGAGGAUGAAAACUUUCAAAAAAUCUUGAAACUUACAGUAAUUCCGGCCACACCGCCCGGCGAGAACUACACAUCGCUCAUGAUGCGCAUACUAAUGGAUAUAGAACUAAAAGAUGGAUACACCCAACAAAAGGCGUAUAUUGUCAAAACAACGCUGGACGACGACAAGGGCGGUACACUCAUCAACGCAUUAAAUCUCUUUCCGAAAGAGAAGCUUAUGUAUGAACGCAUUUUGCCAGAGUUGGAGCAACUCUACCAUGACCUCGACAAGAAAGUGAAAUUCGCUGCCAACUGUCAAUGGAUCGAGCAGAAACCGAGCCGCACCACUAUUGUGCUCGAGGACUUGAACACGAAGAAAUUCCGGAACAUCAACCGGCUUCAAGGCUUCGAUAUGCUGCACAUGAAGCGCGUACUUGAAAAGCUCGCCGAGUUCCAUGCAGCGACCGUCAUGUGGCAUGAGAAGCACGGCGCGUUCCCAGUCGAGUUCCAGAAGACUUAUCUACCGGCCAACUAUCAAAAAUCGAAAUCUUAUCAAGCGCGCGUGCAAAGCUUUAAGGCAGCGAUGGCGACGUGGGGCCUAGAUGACUAUGACAAAUAUGUGGAACGCAUUCCAAAUGCCGAGCAGUUCGUUAAUGCAGCCAUGAGCUGCUUCAACUCUGACCCCAGCGAAUUUAAGGUGCUGAAUCAUGGAGAUUUCUGGUCCAGCAAUAUUAUGCUGAACUACACUUCCAGUGGCGAGGUGAACCAGAUCCGCUUUGUGGACUUCCAACUAUGCAGAUGGGGCAGCCCAGCACAAGAUCUAUGGGAGCUAAUCGUCUGCUCGGUGGUGAGCAAUCUGCGCAUUUGGGAAUUCGAUCACUUCGUUCGAAUAUAUCACACUCACCUACUGAAGUGCUUAAAGUUACUAAACUACGAGAAAGCGGUGCCCAAACUAAGCGAACUACAUAUCAGCAUGUUAAAGCACGGCUUCUGGGGCUACAGCACAACGUUCACACAUUUAGUUCUAAUACUGCUGCCGUCAGAUAAAGACGCCAGCCUGCUCAAGCUAAUCCAGCCCGGUGAAGAGGGGGACAGGUUUCGACACAAAGCUUAUACAAAUCCGCUAUAUGUGCGAGCCAUGCUAGAUAUUUUGCCGUUUUUGUAUAGGCGAGGAAUUCUGGAUUUUUACAUCUACUCUGCUAUUACCAUGGGAACGGGUGCCAAAAACUACCAGCCCCCAGAAUGGAUUACAGCUGAGUUUCUGCAGGAUGUGCUAAAGGAAUAUUUCAAGGACGACACUUUGGAGGUACGCGAGAUUGUGGUGAAGAGCGCACUGGGCGGGGCGAAUGUGGGCAGCGGCUACGCCAGCGAAAUGCACCGCGCCACUUUUAACUUGGCGCGGAAAGACGGCACCGGCCGCUUCUCCGUGAUUAUCAAAGAUCACCCCAAGGGCUACACUGGCGUCGUCGCACACAAGAGCAAACUGUUCAAGCGCGAGAUUGUGGCCUACAAAGAAAUUUUGCCCCGCGUUGAGGAGUUGCUUGCUUCCAUUGCUGACAAGACGAAAAUUGCUCCCGCCUGUUACUAUACCACCGAGACUCCUGAGCCAUUCGUUGUGCUGGAGGAUAUGCAACUAACAGGUUUUGAAAACUUCGAAAAGGGCCGCUUGCUUAACCUGGACUACACCCUGCCGGCCAUCGAGAGAUUGGCAAAGCUCCAUGCGUGUUCUGCUGUUAUAGCCAAAGAGACGCCUGAAGUUUUGGAGAUCUUCCACGAAGCACCCAUUUCUAGGAAUCCAGAUCGCAAGGAUUUCCUUGGCUUUUUUCCAGUGAACAUACGCUGCGUAGCUGAGGAGCUGACACAUUGGAAGGGCUACGAGGAGAUCACUGAAAAAAUGUUUAAAUUGGCCGAAACUGUGCUUCAGAAUGCAGUGCAAAUGUACGAAUGCCACGACCAAGGCUUCCGCGUUUUCAAUUCCGCUGAUUUGUGGAUUGACAAUUUGAUGUUCCAUAUAAACAAUGACACAAAGGAACCCGAUGAGGUGGUUUUGUUAGAUUUCCAGCUGUCGUACUAUGGUUCACCGGCAGUGGAUCUGAACUAUUUCCUCUUCGGCUCACUUAACGAGAAUGUGCGGAAAGUGCAUUUCAAGUAUAUAGUGCGUGAAUACCAUCGAAUUUUGAAAGAAACGCUGGAGAAGCUCCACUACGACGGCGAGAUACCGACGUUGAAGGACAUAAACAUCGAGCUUAUAAAGAACAGCCUGCAAGUGAAGUAUCCCAAGCAAAUACCAAAACUGAAAGAUCUACACAUCCUUUUACACAGAACCAACAUUUGGGCUUAUACGACAGUCACUGGAGUUAUGGGCGCCGUAUUGUUGGAUCCCACUGACAAAGCCGACGUCGCAGCCCUAGUCGGGGAAAAUGAAGCCGGGAAUGAAUUUAAGAAGCAAAUGUACACCAGCGCCAGAUUUCGAAGGCACGCUGAGGUUGUCCUGCCGUGGCUGUUCAAUCGCGGCGUGUUGGACUACUACGACAUCCAGACGCCAUCACAAUUUGGUGUCAUACUGCUGGAAGAUUUGCGCCAGCGUGGUUUCAAAAACAUCAACCGCCUUGAGGGGCUCGACAUGGACCACGCAAGGUGUGUACUGAAGAAGCUUGCUCAAUGGCACGCAGCGUCGGCCACGCGGGUCCAGUUGAAGGGGCUUUAUCCUGCAUCUUUGACAACUGCAUACUUUUUGGACGACCACUACGAGCUGAUGAAGCAAAUAUAUAAAAAUUUGGGCGAUGCAUUUCUGAGCAGCGCGAGAUCAUUCCCAGGGAAUGAAGAAUACAUUGAAAGCUUGGAAAAAUUUAAUUCGCACUACUUUGAUAGUUUCUUUAAUGCUGGCAAAGUUGAUCCGAAUGAGUUUAAUGUUUUGAACCAUGGAGACUGCUGGUCCAACAAUGUUAUGUUUCAAUACGAUGCGUUUGGCAGGAUCAAAGAGACAUAUUUCGUGGAUUAUCAAAUUCCAAAGUAUGGCUCGCCAGCUCAGGACUUGUACUACCUCAUCCUUUCGUCUACGAGCUACGACUUGAAAUUGAAGCAAUUCGAUUAUUUCGUAAAAUUCUAUCAUGAAAAUCUGGCGGAGAGUCUCACUCUCUUGAAGUAUCCCAAGCAAAUACCAAAACUGAAAGAUCUACACAUACUUUUACACAGAACCACCAUUUGGGCUUAUACGACAAUCAUUAGUGUUAUGGGCGCCGUAUUGUUGGAUCCCACCGACAAAGCGAAUAUCGUAGACAUAGUCGGGGAAAGCGAAGCUGGGGAUGAGUUUAAGAAGCAAAUGUACACCAGCGCCAGAUUUCGAAGGCACGCUGAGGCUGUCCUGCCGUGGCUGUUCAAUCGCGGCGUGUUGGAGUGCUGAACAUACAUACAUACAAUGUACAUAAUAGAGUUGGGCACUUUAGUUCUU